UUUCAUUUGUUCCUUAUAUAAAACCGUCGCUACCUCCCGUAGUCCAACGCUCAGCAACUCAAAGCUUCUUACAUCCAACUUCUCACAAAUACAUAUAUUAUUCCUACUAACAAGAACCGAGGCUACAUCAUAUCCUACACAUCGUCUAGGAGCUCAUUUGCAAAUCUUUGGAGCCUCGCCCAUAUCCAUCAAUAUGCCAAUCGAAACACCCAAAGACAAGGCUCGUAAAGCUCUCAAAGAUGUCAUGCUCAGCCUCGAUAAUGCCAGGAAGAGUGGCCUAGUCGAAGACUUCAAAGAACUUCCUGAUACCUUUAUUGCAUUUCAAGUAGUUGCUAAGCAUCUCCCCCUCCUCUUGCAGACGCUUCGAUGCAUGAGAGACCGUGUGAAAGGGGGGAUGACACAAGAGUAUGCGGCUGUACACCAGCUUACCGAGGCGUGCCGGGCCCGGGCCGGGAACCUACAGAAUAUCUUCACUGAAAUGAAAAGUGUCGAGAAUCCCAAUGCGAAAAUGACGAAGUAUCGCGCUGUUGUAUCCCAGGACGGCACCAGGGUAGAAGAUAUAAUGCGGGGUCUACUUGCUGAAGUUACUAAGUCGGCAGUUGCGCCUCUAGUCAGCGACGACCUAAUUAAGCAACUACAAGAUGCCAAAACUGAGGUCGAUGCCCUGGAACCUUCUAUAAAAGAAAAUCAAGGGGGAGUGGUGAUGACCCAACUCGGCAACGGGAUCCAGCCAUUACACACUGGGGUCGGGAGCCAGAACAACUGCAGCGGAGGUGUCCAGAACAAUGGAUCCAACGCCACCAACCAUUUUGGACCGGAGUCAAAUCGACAGUAGAAGAGUGCAGUAUAGGGGUGUGCUGAAGACCCAGGUCAAGCUUGGCAAGGGAGUUCGUGAAGCUACAUCAACUGUUGGUAGUGUUGGUACCCAGGUUUUACCAUGUUAAUUAAGUACUCGGUUGUUUAAAGCUUGUUUGUAUGGAUAUCUCGCUUGUACGUUCGUUUUGAAAUUAAUCAUUGAUUGAUAUAAAAUUACACCCA